ACGAUGGAAAAUGUGAUAAGAAAUUCAUUCUUUUAUCGAAAGAAGAAUGGGGCUGGCUCAAACAAGGGCUGAAUGACGGCCAUUUGAACUCAUUUGCACAAGUUAUAAUGGAGUCACUUCUUCUUUUCCCUUCUUCUUCUUGUAGAUCUUCUGCAGACAAUCUGCAAUUAUUCUCGUCUCGCGUUCAAACCAAAAGUCCCCUUCUUCCCAUUUUCAAAUCCACCCCAAGACGCAACACUGCCUUGAUGCAGAUGAGCGCUGCCGCCUCUGCCGCCAAGGAGGCCAAGCUUUGGGGCGGAAGGUUCGAGGAGAGCGUCACUGAAACUGUCGAGAAGUUUACCGAGUCAAUUUCCUUCGACAAAGCCCUUUACAAGCAUGACAUCAUGGGCAGUCGAGCCCACGCGUCCAUGCUCGCUCGCCAGGGAUUGAUAAGCGAGAGUGAUGCGGAUGGCAUUCUGAGAGGCCUUGGUGAGAUUGAGAGGCAGAUUGAUAAUGGGGAGUUUGUGUGGAGGACUGACAGAGAGGAUGUUCACAUGAACAUUGAGGCUGCUCUUACUGACUUAGUUGGCGAAGCUGCUAAGAAGCUGCACACAGCCCGCAGUCGGAACGAUCAAGUUUGCACUGACCUUCGGCUCUGGUGUCGUGAUGCACUUGACUCCAUCCUUUCCCGCAUUAGGCAUCUUCAGGUUGUAAACUGCUCUUACGCCACUUUUUAUCAAUUUGCAUAAUUUUCUUACAGUCCA